GUUCCCUAAAAUUCAAAAUUUUUAAUUCAGUUUGUUUCUCUGUUUUCAUUUGGGACCAAGUUUCUUAACUUCCAAAUUCUUUUGGGGUCCCACUUCUGAUCGUUGAAAUUUCUAUUCUCUUCUCUUCUCUUCUCUUCUCUGUUCUCUCCUAAUUGGUUAUUGAAAGGAUCAUUUCAGUUUUAUUAUUACAAAGACAGCUUCUUUCUAACUUGCAAUAACUGAUUUGCUCCAAUAUCUCCAGAGAGACAGAGACAGAGACGGAGGGAGAGAAAGAGAAAGAGAGAUUCAGUUUCAGAUAUCUGUCUGGGUCAUUCAUCUUCAUUCCUCAUCAGAGAUCAAUUGAGGAAUGAUAAGAAGGUUAUGGGGAAAAAAGGGAAAUGGUUUACAGCAGUAAAGAAGGCAUUUGGUUCUGAAUCCAAGGAGAAGAAAGAACAGAGAAGAAAUAAGAAGAAGAAAUGGUUUGGGAAACAAAAACAGGAAAAUCUAUCUACGUUGACGGUAGAAAAUGAGCCAACACCACCUUCACCUCCUCCACCACCUCAAGAGGAGAUUAAAGUAGUGGAAAUUGAGGAUGAACAGGCCACUAAUGCGCGUAAGCUUGCAGUUGCCAGCGCUGCUGCAGCUGAGGCAGCCGUUGCCGCUGCACAAGCUGCUACUGAGGUUGUUAGACUCACAAGUGCAGCGGCUUCGCGAGAAUCUGGGAAAUUGAACAAAGAUGCUGCUGCAACUAAGAUUCAAACAGCAUUCCGGUGUUAUCUGGCGAGGAGGACCUUACGAGCACUAAGAGGGUUGGCUAGGUUGAAGACGUUGAUGGAUGGACAAUCUGUCAAAAGACAGGCCACCACCACCUUAAGGUGCAUGCAAACUCUAGCUCGCGUGCAGUCCCAAAUCCGGGCAAGGAGAAUCAGAAUGUCUGAGGAGAAUCAGGCUCUACAGAAGCAACUCCAGCAAAAACAUGAAAAAGAGCUAGAGACUAUGAAGGCUUCUAUGGGAGAUGAUUGGGAUGUCAGUGCGCAAUCUAAAGAGCAACUUGAAGCAAAACAGAUACACAAACAAGAAGCUGCUAUGAGAAGGGAAAGAGCUUUGGCGUAUGCUUUUGCUCACCAGCAAACAUUGAGGAACUCUGGUAAAGCUGGGAACCCAACAUUCAUGGACCCAAACAAUCCUCACUGGGGAUGGAGUUGGUUAGAGAGAUGGAUGGCAGCCCGUCCAUGGGAGUGUAGAAGUUUAGCAGAGAAUAAAGAACCCAACAGUGAUCAAGGAUCUGUAAAGAGUGUAAGCCGUGCCGCAGGAGCUGCAGAAAUCAGCAAAGUUAUUGCUCGACGUGAACUCAAUCCGGAUAAAGGUUCCCCAACAGCUCAAAAGCUGAAUCGCAUAUCCAACCGCAAUUCAGUUUCAACUCCCCCAUCAAAGGCAACAUCGCCAGUAUCCGUAGCCAGGAAACUGAAACCUGCAAGUCCCCGCAGCAAUGGUGCAUGGACCCCAGAUGAGGAUUCAAGAAGCGUAGCCAGUGUGCAAUCGGACAAGCCAAGACGUACCAGCGUUGCCGGUUCUUCAGUGCGCGACGACGAGGGUUUAGCUAGUCCACCGGCUUUCCUCCCUAGCUACAUGGCUCCCACUGCUUCAGCAAAAGCCAGAACCAGACUGCAAAGCCCAUUAGGAAUUGAAAAGAGCGAGACAGCGACACCGGAAAGAGGGCCAGUAGAAUCAGCAAAGAAACGACUAUCGUUCUCAGGAUCCCCGAAAAGUGCAGUGGGGCAGCAAAGAAGAUACUCAGGACCACCAAAGGUAGACAGCAGUCCUCCAAUGAAAGACAUUGCAGUGCACACUGAACAAUUGAGUGUGGGCAGUGGAGGAAAAAGCAACAGAUAGUGUAAACUAGCUUUGGUUGUUUGUUGAUACAAAUAUUUUUUCCCAUUUUUCUUUUUUGGUUUCUUGAGAUUCUCUGUAAGUAGAGAUUGAUUGAUUUAUUCUUCUUGAGGGGUGAUUGGUUCUUUCAUUUGUCUAGUUGUAUUUUUUGGGUUCUUAGGCAUUUUGUGAUCAAGAAAGAACCCAAAUUUAAUCUCUGUGAGAAUUUACUACUGGUCAAUUUGAAAGGUUGUGAUUUGUUCAUUUUGAUGGGUUUGUAUAAACAGUUAAUAUGACAUAUAAUAAGAUUAUUUGUUCAUAA